GAGUUGUCAAAGGGCAUCGUCAUUUGUCGCCGCAAAAGCGCAUAGGUACAAUGCUACAAUGCAGUCGCCCUCGGGUUCCUUACUUGUGAGUAGCUUUCAGGUUGUUGUUUUUAAUCGGUUAUUGUAGGCGUUUGCUGGAGUAUUGCACCAGUUUUCAAGAAAACCACUAUCAUGUGUGCAGCGUAGCAUGCAACGUAACAAGAACGCAGCUUCACAUGAUGUUGAUCGCGACGUUCACAGCAAGAUGUUCCUGAGAUUAAGUUUCCACUGGUAUGGCCGCAUAUCGCCAGCGUAAGCGGAAGCCCUGGUCCCAUUUUGGUUGUGUCAAGCCCAAUUAACAUAACGACGAUCAACCGUAUUUUUCACAGCAUCCGACCAAGGUUUCUGCAGUGAAGAGUGAGGAACAAGCAUGCUUCCUCACAUGCUGUGGAUUUCAUUGUGCCUUGCAUUGUUGGCUGUCCUUCUUCUGACGCUGGUGAGAAUAUUGAACUCACGGACGGUUGGCCAGUGCACGUCUACCCGGGACAUGUCUGGAAAAACAGUGAUCAUCACGGGAGCUAGCUCCGGCAUCGGCAAAGCGACGGCCCGCGAGCUGUGCCGGCGCAACGCGCGCGUCAUCCUGGCCUGCAGGGACGAAGCCAAGGCCCGCGCCACAGCCGACGAGAUCGAGGACGACACCGGCGUGCGGCCGGCGUGCAUGCAGCUCGACCUGUGCUCCUUGGCGUCCGUCAGGCAGUUCGCGCACCAAGUGUUGGCUCAGGAAGAGCGCCUCGACGUGCUCAUCAACAACGCCGGCACGCUGCCUCCACCUGAGAGGACCGAAACCGAGGAUGGGUUUGAGAUGACCUUUCAGGCUAAUCAUUUGGGCCACUUCUUGCUGACGAAUCUUCUUAUCGACCUUCUCAAAAAGAGUGCGCCAAGCCGCAUCAUAAACGUGGGCUCCAUGGCACAAGUGUUCGGAAGGUUUGAAGUGGACAAUAUCGGCUUCAAACGGUACAAACAAAAUCGCAUAUACAGCAGCACAAAGCUGUACAACAUGCUGUUCACGGUGGAACUCGCCCGGAGACUUGCAGGGACGGGUGUGACAGCAAACUGCUGCCAUCCAGGAAUAGUGAAGACGCACCUAGCCGAUCGUGGAGGAGCAGAUUUUCACUCAAGAUUGCUACAAUUCAUCGUGGUAAACUUUGGAAAGAGCGUCGAGGAAGGUGCGCAGACGUCGGUGCACCUGGCCGUCUCGGAGGAGAGCGUCAGUGGCAAGAUGUUCUCCGACUGCAAGCAGUCAUGGGCUCCUCGCUGGGCGACGAACCCGGAACAUGCGCGCAUGCUCUGGGAGGCGUCGGAGACCAUGACUGGAAUCUUUUGAAAGGCUUACAGCACCCACUUCACAGUGUCCCCAAGUUAAGCGCAAGAGACGAAAAAGAAGUGUCAUGGCUGUGUCCAAAUCUCCAUGUUACUCUGUCCCGAAUGCUUGCUGUUUGAACUCAGUUGUACCCCAAGAUAAGCUCUAUACUAAACGUUUACACGCAUGUUUUCCCCGCGUCUGACAUGUAUUACUAAUUCUACACGGAACCGGACACUAACAUCGUGGCUAUCAGUCCAACUAUAUUCUUGUAUUGCCGUGUGCUGUACAUCGCUGACAAAGUCUUUUAUUCGAUUCAUUGAGUGAUUGAUUGAUUGAUUGAUUGAUUGAUGACGUGCUGCACCAAUCUUUAUCUUCUGCGUUACAAGAAUGUGAUGUAAACGCGGGGGCCUCGGGUAAAAUGCUUUCACACGGACACAUUUGUGUUUGUCUUGUCUUCUAGCUUGCUCAAGAGCUAUAUUAAUCUUUUUGUUUGUAUUUAGUGUUAGCCAGUCAGUUUAGUCUAUAAAUCCGAAGACAAUUCCCGAUCAAAGAUGGUUAGAACAACAUGAUCACCUUUAUUCCUGUGCAUGGAGAUGUUUGAAGGUCUUUCUACAAAGAAAGAAUAUGAGAAAAAUCUAAUUAGUAUAGUAAUUAUUUGCUACUUGAUUUGCUGAAAAAUCUACAACUGAAAACUUUCUCCAGCGUAUCAAUAAAGUUGUUAUGCCUAAGCUUCCUGCGUUUAAAUUUAAAUUUUUAGUUGUCGAAAUGAGCAUAGCAAAAAUGAGAUGUUGGGCAUCACACUGUUAAAAAUAAUUAUUUAACUGCCUAGCAUGCCGUGGACAAGGCCUGCCACAAACGUAAAACAAAGGUUUAUUUGUGUUCUUUAGCAAGUGUCAUUCGGGUCCUUCCAUAGCAACUGUCUCAACCUUGGCGCACAACCACCUGCGGUUUCUAUUUUUAAAUUUUAAGCUCUUCAGCAAUAGAGAAAAUGUCAUCCAAAUAUUUUUGAGGAAAAACAGAACCGAAUAAUUGAGGCUAUCCUACGCACAAAAAGUUUGUUUUAUUUACUCAAUAAUUCAGAAGCUUCACUGCUACCAUUUCAAUGAUUGCGGUAAUGCAAUAUAUGAACCUGCAGCCAUAGAGUCUUCAUUGUUAAAUGUACAAUGAAGACUUACACAAAUAGAAAUAGGCAUUACUCAAACAUACACAAAGAAUGACCUCUUCAAUACAAUUGUCACGGUGGCACGAGACAGACUAGGAAGACGGAUCAUCAACAAGACGAAAGAUACGACGUAGUGUUGCUAGCCUAACGUCCCGCCAUACUGGUUGCACCGCCCAUAAUUUAUGCAGACUAAACACGGUCCCAUUUAACCUUAUAUCGCUGCCCGUUUCAACAGUUUUAGAUGUCACGAAUCCAAAACAAUCUUGUUCUCAGACUAGUAGCAUUUGAACAAUAAUUAACGUUACCGUAGACAGUACGUAAAACAAACGUUCGGUCUCGCUAAUCGCUUCUGAUUCUGAGAAUAUUUUUACUUGUAGCUUAUUGGAACAUUAUCAUUAUUAGAAUGUUGGUCCAUGCUCUGGCACUGGCAAUUCUUUGCCUUACAUAUUUUAUCAGGGAGAUGGGUUGAAAUUUACGUUCAAGUUCCUUUUCUUUAGUUUACGCUGAAGAAAGAACUGCGAACAGAAGAAAGGAGAAUAUUAAAAUAGAUUUUGCGAGUUUCUAAAAUGAAAUUACACUCUUAUAAAUUUGUAAGAUGAUUUGAUCACAUGUAUCCUAUGGAAGGCCUAGAGAUUCUUAGCACCCUCUGCCGCGUCCUGCAGUGGACAUGAAUAGGCUGAUGAUGAUGACGAUGAUGAUGAUCCUCCUAUGGGAAAUAUUAACGUCGGAUGGAUAAGUGGGCAAUUUAUAACACGCAAUGCGCACCAUUGCAAAGGCUGACACCAUAAUGAAACACAGAAGCUGAUAUUUUAUGACAUAUAGGAAUAUGAUUGAACUGAAGUACACUGCAGAACUUAUAUAAGCGCGUAAAAGGUAAUACAUUAUUUUGAGCACAUUUAAAUUUGAUGCGUAGUUUGUUAAGAACAAGCUCCAGGAUAUUUGAAAGCAAGAACUUUUGAAAUAAUGACUUUUGAAUGGCAGAUUUGUACUGUAAGAAUUGUUAUUCAUUUAUUUUCUUUGUAUAAUGCAAAUAUUUAUGCUUAAUGUGUGUUUGUAUUAUGCGCAGAAACUCCAUUUUUGAAGCCAUUAGUUCUUUUUUUUGUGCUUAUUAUAAGAAUGGCGAUGUGACACUGGCUGUUCUGAAGGAAAAUGAACAAAACGAAUUCCGUUGCACUGUGCUGCGAACUUUCAGUCAGUAAACUAUGUAAUGUGAAAUUUUACACUGCAGAUAGAGGAGCAUGCGCCAGGUUCCAGUCGCCUUUACCUCCUGUAUCUUUAUUGAAAUGUAUCGAGACAAACUCAAUA